AUGUAUUCGGACAACGGCACUAAUUUUGUUGGCUGCGACAGAGAAUUGCGAGAUUUGUACCAACAUUUGAACCAGGACAAUACUCAAUUUGGAUUGAAUAAGGAACUGAGCGAUAACCAGAUCAAAUGGCAUUUUACGCCACAAUCUGCUCCUCACUUUGGUGGUAUUUGGGAGGCUGGUGUGAAGUCUGUGAAGGGUCAUUUGAAGCGUGUAUUGGCAAAUGCUUCUGUUACAUACGAGGAGAUGGUUACUAUUCUUUGUCAAGUGGAAAGUUGUCUUAAUUCACGUCCAAUGUGCCUGAGAUUUGUGGGUGACAUGGAUCCUCUAACUCCAUCACAUUUUUUGAUAUUGCGAUCGAUGUCAGCAAUCACGGAUGGGAAGGUAGAUUCAGCAAGGAUUAACUACAAUGAUAGGUGGCGCUAUGUUCAGAGACUGGUGCACGAGUUCUGGGGUAAAUGGGCAUUGGAAUAUUUAGGCCAAUUACAACGUCGGCCGAAAUGGUCACAUAAAUUGGCUAAUUUGAAUGUGGGGGAUAUUGUUAUAGUUAAGGACGAUAAUUUACCUCCUACUCAAUGGUCAAUAGCUAAGGUUAUUCAGACUCAUUCUGGAUCGGAUUCAUUGGUGAGCGUUGUUACGGUGAGAACAUCUAAAGGCGUAUAUAAACGACCUGUCUCUAAGUUAUGUCCUUUGUUCUUGGAAAUUUGA